AUGGCGAGGGGGACGCGCGCGCAAAGGUCGCCGCCGUAGCCGCGCGUCUUCUGGGCGGCGGCCACGAGGUGCGCGCCGUCCAAUGCUUUCUGCGGGCGGGCCGGGCGAGGGCAGCGGCCGCCGUGCGACCCAGGAAGCGCCUCUCGGUGCAUUUAAGGGCGGCUGGGCUGCAUUGUAGUUGCCGCCGCCUCGUCCAUCUCCCGCGGGGAGACCAUGCUGGCUUCCCGCGCGCUCUUCGGGAGAGUCGCCGCAGUGGCGCGAAGGGCCACCGCUAAGGUAAAAGGAGAGCCCGAAAGGGGGUGAAAAGGAGCCCGAAGGAGGGGGGACAAGGGGCGCAGGAUACCAGGCGAGGAGAGGCACCCUAGGGCGCCCUGGUGUUUAGAUGAGCGUGCCCUGCAGGCAGAAACCUAGCUGGCGCCGCCUUCUCCAGGGUAGCGGGUGGGGAGAAGCUGCUCCUCUUGGUUUCCUGCCUGCUAGAAAUCCUAGCAAAACUUAAGCAGGAGGGGAAACGAGUGGAAGCAGGAAGAGAAGGAGCAAAUGUCAAUCCAUAGAAGAAUCCUAGCAUUGUCGAGUUGGAAAGGAUCCCGAGGUAUCUCCUCCAAGCCCCUGCAAUGCAGGAAUCUCGGCUAAACCAUCCAUGGCAGAUGGACAUUCAACCUCGGCUUAAAAGCCUCCGAGGAAGGAGAGUCCAGAAGCCCAAGGAAGGCGGAGGGAUGUGAUCCGAUCCCAAGCCUGGGACUGGGCUUUGAAGACCUCAGGGCCUGGCAAGAACUUGGCUGAGGCGCUUCCUCUUGUGCCAGUUUCAGAGGUCGGGGUAGCUGCCAGCCUUUCUUGCACUGCGUCUCAUGAUCUGGGGUUUUGAAUAGGUAUCAAGGGAGCAGCAGCAAUGGCAAUCCACCACUGUGUUGCUUUUAGCCCAUCUGCAUAUAUGGUGAUGUGCAUUCAAAAGAAGUAUACUAUGCUUCUGGAAAGUGAUGGUCUGCCUAUUCUAGGACAGGCUUCAGGCCUUGUUGGAUUUUCUUUUUCUUUUUUCUUUUUUACUACAAACCAACAAGAGUACGUCAAAGUGCAAGUAGAUAAAUAGGUACCGCUCCGGCGGGAAGGUAAACGGCGUUUCCGUGUGCUGCUCUGGUUCACCAGAAGCAGCUUAGUCUUGCUGGCCACAUGACCCGGAAGCUGGCCACAUGACCCGUGAAGGUCUAAUUUGAAUGAGGAGGAAAAAUAAAUAGAUUCAGGUCUCCCUGGCUUACAUCCAGUCCUUUAACUAGUUCAGCACCAUGACUAUUGCACUGCAGGAACUCUCUGGAACUUGUGUGGAAAAAAUGUGGUUUCUUCACAAAACGAUAGCUUGUAAAACUGCAGAAAACAAAACUCUGCUUCAGCCACGGCAGGACCCUGGCACAUGUUUGCAAAGCGAAAUUUUGAAUCUUGCAAUGUGAGUCUGAUAAUAUCCUGGAGAGAAUAAAUCCAGGGCAGUUGGGAGGUUCAGCUUCUGUAUUCCACUGAAUUCUCCAACUCUUUCUACAUUUAAAGUACAACUAACUGAUUUGUAGCACUGUGAACCAAGGGAAGUCUAUAGAGCCCUCUAGAGAGAUACAGUUUCCAGCAGCUUCUCUUGGGUGGGUGGGGAAAGCUGAGCAACAAAGCAAAUUGUUCCCUGGAAACCUUACAAAAGAGUACAGCUGAAAUAUAACAUGUUCGUUUAUUUCCCUGGAGGUAUUGCUGGCACUUGGGGUAGUCUAAAAACAGCACAGAAGCAGCAAUUAAUUUCCCACCUUCCUUUUUGGUUCUUGCUGGUAGUUCUGAGCGCUUUGCAAUAAAUGACUGCUAGUGCCGGGUAGGCAGCUUGAACUGAGAAGAGAGGAAACUGACCUUGUGUGCUCUAUUUCACUGGGAAACAAGCCCAAUUUGAUCACGUCUGUGUAGUGUCCUCUCUGGUGUUUUGUGUACCACUGACUUCUGUGAGAUUAGGAAGGACCAAAGUACAGUUCUUGAAUGCACUCUGGGAAGUAAGGCCUGUAGAACUCAAAAGUGAUUUAAUUCAAUCUAUUAUGAGGCUGUUCAAGUGUCAGCUGAAGUCAAAGCCCGCAUACAAGCGCACUUGGGAUUUUUCCUGCCUUCUUGGAGUACGUUGGAGGAAAGAUGGGGUAUAAAUGUAAUACAGUGGACAGAGUCAGUGUGGUGUAGUGUUUAAGAGCGGUAGUCUCGUAAUCUGGGGAACCGGGUUCACGUCUCCGCUCCUACACAGGCAGCUGCUGGGUGACCUUGGGCCAGUCACACUUCUUUGAAGUCUCUCAGCCCCACUCACCUCACAGAGUGUUUGUUGUGGGGGAGGAAGGGAAAGGAGAAUGUUAGCCGCUUUGAGACUCCUUAAAGGGAGUGAAAGGCGGGAUAUCAAAUCCAAACUCUUCUUCUCUUCUUCACUUGGGUUGCAAACGUGAUCCAUGGGGGAGGCACCUUCGCAACCCGCAGCAUUCGCAACCCACAGUGCCAUGUCUGCACACGCAUGGGUUGCGAUUCGGCGCUUCUGUGCAUGCACGACCGCCAAAUCCCAGAAGUAACCCGUUCUGGUACUUCCGGGUUUCGGCGCGUCCGUAACCCGAAAAAACGCCCCCAACUAACGAAUCAUGGCAAGAAAAACUGAUGAACUAUGCAGAACUGGCAAAACUGACAUAUAAACUAUGGGACAAGGAUACCUGUGACUUUAAGGAUGAAUGGGAACCCUUCACAAAGUAUCUGAAGACGCAACAAAGCGAACUGGACUCCUUGGCAGGUUUUGGAUAAACAUUCACAAACUUUUUAUUGAUAAUAAUCAGCUAAAUAGUUUGAGGAUCUAUACAACUGUGUAACAUGCAGAAAACAGCAUUCUUAGAGAAACCAAAGACUGGAACUGAGGGAAGUCGGGGGGUGCAACCUGAAGCAUCUGUAACCCGAGGUAUGACUGUAAUAAAUAAAUAGGAUAUACCCGCCACUAUCUAAGUGUCCCUGAAGCUCUUGCCCUCUGAAGAUAGCCUGGCAUCAGGAAGGGUCCUCCUGCAUCUUCAGGCACAAAAGAUGCGUGAGGGCUUUUCUUUGAUCCCAAGCUCCUGCUGGAGUAGAAGCUGUGCUAGCCCAGUGGUAAGCUGGCAAGUGCAUUUGUGGAUUCGUAAAGUUUCCCAAAAUUCGCAAGAACGUUGGAAGUUGCCUUACAGCAAAUCAGACCCUCCGUUCAUCUAGCUCAGUAUUGACUGACUGGCAGUGACACUCCAGGGCUUCAGACAGGUUUCUCUUCCAGCUCUACCUGAAGAUGCUGGGGAGAAAACCUGACACCUUCACUGGCAUGUGAAGUAUGUGCUCUGCCCCUGAGCUUUGGCUCAGCUGGAGUGGGCAGCUUGGAACUCUAGACUCUUAAUUUAUACACAGUUGUCCCUCUGUACACUUCACAGUAAAGUAGAUUCAACUGAAGUCAUUGCUUUGCAUUUAAACUCUAACUUGGAAGAAUUCGAAAAUAUAUAAAAAUGUAUAAAGGCUGCAGUCCGAACCAUGUCCACUCAAAAGUAAAAGGGGGGUGGGUGUAGGACUGCAGUUUUUUUCGUAGUGCUGCUUUUUUCAGUCGUGGGAAGAUCAAAUGUUGUUUGAGUGACUUCCAGUACAGUCAUACAUUGGAAGUCGAAUGGAAUCUGUUCCAGAAGUCCACUUGACUUCCAAACCAUUUGGAAUCAAAGCGUGGCUUCUGAUUGGCUGCAAGAAGCUCCUGCAGUCAAUCGGAAGCCACGGAAGCCCUGUUGGAAGCUGCAGAAGCCCUGUCUGACGUUCGGUUUCCAAAAAUAAUUCGUAAACUGGAACAGUCAGUUCCGGGUUUGCGGUGUUCAGGAGCCAAAACAUUCGAGAACUAAGCUGUUCAAAAACCAAGGUACGGCUGUAUUUUUUAUUCAUUGACAGCUAAUUAAAAUUUUAGCUGAGUGAAGUUCAACCAGAAUGAGUUUGUGGUCUUGUCUGCUAUUGCCAUCAGUAAUAGCAGUUCUCUUUCUCUCUGACCUUUUAAGUUCACAUUGCAUGUGCAAACUAAGUAACUUGCGGACUGCGUUCUUAUGUAUUCCCCCCCUAAAUUAUUUUCUUUUCAGGUCUCAUCGCCUUUUUCCACAGGGCCCAGGCAAGAUGAUGGCACAUUCUACGAAUUUCGUACCUAUACUGUUAAGCCAGACAAGAUGAAAGACUUCCUGGAACUGACUAGCAAAAACAUUCACCUUCGCACAGCUCAUUCCCAGAUGGUUGGAUACUGGACCUCAGAAUUUGGAGGACUGAAUAAAGCUUUCCAUAUUUGGAAAUAUGGUAUGCAAAGCUUCUCUACAUAGCGCCUUGGGGUUGUAACCGAGCAGCUAAGACUGUUGCUCUGGACCUCCUGUGGGGUGUGAAUCUACUCAGGUUACUUGAGCAACAUGGGAAGAAGCUGCUCUUUAGGAGUUCCUAUGUCAUCAGUGUUGUUUAACAACCAUGCCGAAGUUGGCAACUGGGAAGUGGGCCAAGGAGCCUCACGCAGGGAGGGUAGGUUUUGUUGAAGCGCCGCCAGUUGCUGACCCCCCUAGUUCAUUCCAACUGAGUGCAUUUUAUUUUGGACCAACUUAACUAUUUCAAAGUCACGAGCAAUUCUGGCGAGGCUGGGAUCGAGGGGCACAUGGCUGUUGCGCCCUCCUCGCGCCACCCUCCCCAGAUCCAAACUCUGUAAGGCCGCACAGGGAGGGCGGUGUGGGGACACGGCAACCGUGUGCCCUUCGAGCCCAGCCUCGCGCAUCCCUUUCUUUGACAUCCCUCUCUUUGGCUUGUAGAGAGCUUUGCUCAGAGAUCUGCUGUCCGGACAGCAUUGGCCAAGGACCAAGAAUGGCAAGAAAAAUACAUGUCUCGAAUGCUGCCCUUGUUAGACAAACAAGACAACGAAAUUGCGUACCUGGUGCCCUGGUGUGAACUUGGCACCCCUCCCAAGGAUGGUAAGCUUUCUUUCCUGUGUGUGGAGCACAGCGUAAAGCUGUUAACUCACUACUAUUAAAUUGUUUCAUUUAGUGGGGACUUGUAGAUAUGUUGGCAUCUUUGAUUAUGUAGACUCUUUCCCCCCCUCCCGAAGUAAACUCUGUCACGCAAUGGGUUUUCAGUCUGUGUUCUGACUCUGCAGCCAUAAGAACUAGAAAUAGGCUUUUAAAAGGCUGGGGUUCCUUAGAUUCUAGGAUGAGGAAGCUUUUAAUCCAUAUUGGUCCCAAACUUCAAAUGAACUUUAAGCCUAAUUUUGUACUUUUUGUGUUUUGUUUACUCCUUGUUCUUCUCACCUCCUGGUUUUUCUUUUAUUAGAGAUUUUCUUGAUUUACAAAAGUGUUUGCAAUGUCUUUCUCUCUCGUAUUUUCCCCCCAUGUAACAGUUUUACAAAUCAGUUUCAUUUGUUGAGACAUUAGGAAAAAAAAACAAACAGCAAAGAACCUGCACAAGCAAGGCUGGGGUUCCUUAGAAGCUUGUUAAUGGUAGAUAUUUGUGCGCCUCAGAAAUGUCAGCCCCCAAUACAAAGAUAGGAUUCAUUGUGCUGCUGGUACAGAUUCAGCCAAUUACAGAGCAGUCCAGUGGGGGAGGGGGGAAAUUGACUUUUCUCAUGUCCCGCUGGGCUCACACUGUUUCACUGCUCCAGAGAUGGCAUGUCUUCUGUUCUGGGAGUAUGUUGAAGGAAUGGGAGAGCUAUAAAUUCAGUGUCUCUCCUGACACACCCUUGCCACAUCUCUUUGACCAGCAACACAGAGAAGCUGGCUGCAAACCUUCCCGCGGCCUUGAGGAGCACCUCUUCCUCUCUGCUCUUGGAAAGAGAAAGCCAACAGACACCCUUGGAACACCCUCGCAGAAGCUAUAGGAUUGCAGCUUUUUAGCCUGUAUAUUUUUAUUCUGCACAUUUCGUUCUAUUUUGCUAAUUAAGGGGCACAGCAAGAUGUUAUGCAGGGCACUGAAUCCCCAACCCAUUAAUGCUGAAAUCCUGCUAAGCGUUUUUUCCUCCUUUUGAAGAUCUUGUCAGAAUUCCCGCCAAUCACGAAAUUGUACCUGCUCAGCCACAAAGGACUAGAAUUAUUAUCAUUAUUUUUUAAAGAGUUGAAGACUGAGGUAUUCUGGAAUCUGUGCUUUCUGGUUUUGUUCAGUUGCAUAACCCUGGCUAGGUUCUUUUGGAGACCUAAUACUUAUUAAUCCAUUUGUUCAUGAUGCUUUGCUUUCUUUCCUGUCUAGGAGUCUAUGAGUUGGUUACCUUCCAGAUGAAGCCGGGGGGACCAGCCGUGUGGGGCCAAUCCUUUAAAGCAGCAAUUAGUAUUCACAUAAAUACAGGAUACACUAAACUGAUUGGUGUCUUCCACACAGAAUACGGACUACUUAACAGAGGUACGAUACUUGUCCAUUUUCAGUACAAACUUGGGCUGUGUCACCUGCUGGUCUUCUGGCAAAAUAUAAUAAUCAAGCAGUUUUCCUUUUGAGUUGGAACUGAUGUAGCUCUUCCCCAUCCUUGAAUCCCAUAGGGACUAGAAACCUGGACAGGGGCUGCAAAAUUAUCUCCUUUAUUUGAACGGCAACAGAUUUUAGCUCUUCAUUCCAUUCUUUGGAAGUACAUCUCUGUAACUAAUAGUGAAGUCCAGAACAUUUUACUAAUGUUUGUUUGUUUAUUGCAUUUCUGUCCCACUUCUCUAAGCAGCUCAAGGUGGUGUAUGUGGUUCUCCUCCUCCUCCUCAAUUAAUCCCCUACACAACAACCCUGUGAGGUAGGUUAGGCUGAGAGGCAGUGAGACUUUUAAUCUCAGGGUUGUGGGUUCGAAUCCCAUGUUGGGCGAAAAAUUCGUGCAUUGCUGGGGGUUGGGCUAGACGACCUCUGUGGUCCUUUCCAACUUUACAAUUCCAUGAUAAUAAAUCCAUGGCUGGCCCAAGGUCACCCAGUGGCCAAGUGGGCAUUUGAACCCUGGUCUCCCAGGUCCUAGUCCAAUGCUCUAACCACUGCACCACACUAACUGUACUGCCUAAGCACGGCUUUCUGAAAGAAUCCCUUUCAGCAAAACACUUUUGUGAAUGAUGCUUUCCUUAUCUGGAGCACAGGCUUUCCCAGCAAAACAGAAAGAGAUAGGCAGGUAUUUAAUUCACAACAUAAUUUAGCUGUAGCUUUUUCUUCCUAGUUCAUGUGCUUUGGUGGAAUGAAAACUCAGACAGUCGCGCUGCUGGAAGACACUCUGCCCAUGAGGAUCCAAGAGUAGUAGCAGCAGGUAAAUGAAAGGUUUCUCUUUCUUUUUUCUUUUACCAUCAUUUAAAUCAAAACCCCAGUAUUGCUUAAGUCCUCCCUCCCUCCCUCCUUCUCUUUUUAACUAUCUGUUUAAUUUAUUUUCAGUUCGGGAAAGUGUUCAGUUCCUGGAAUCGCAGCAGAACUGUCUCCUGGUACCUACAGCAUUUUCACCCCUGAAAUAGUUUUCUAUACCUACUAAUGGCGGUUUUCUUAAAAACAAAAACAAACCACAGACUUUUAAGUGCUGUCCUAAUGCAGCCUUAUUGCUGCUUGUUUACAAGGCUUGGUGCAAACCCAGUCUCCCAUCUUUUCUUUCUGCUUGCAGCAACACACCUCUCGCCUUGUUGGAAUUGCAAUGCAUGAUGGCAGAGGGCACAACCCACCCACUAAACGAGAAUUCAGAGCUUACUAAACUAUAUAUAAAAAUUGGUUCUCAUAACUUCGUUGCAUGAGGGCUGUGCUGCUAGCAUAGCUACGAGUUGUGACAACGAGACAGUGAUGUAAAAGUUUCCCCACAGUCUGCAUGCUUCUUUUAGUCAAACCCUAUUUGCAGGCUUUCAAACUAUGCACACAGAGCAAAACGGGAAGAAUAGCAAACAUCACGAGUAGUGAAUUCUUUCUUUUUUUCAGUUCCACAAGCCCUACAGUUUCCACCUCGGCUGUUCUAAAGCUCAAAAGCUGCAUAAGCCCAGCGGUGAGAUCUAUUUGCCUAUGAUGAUAUAAAUUUCCAAUGCUGGCCUAAGCAAUGUAGUUUUUAGAUUUCUCAUUAACUGCCUGGCUGCAGUUGGGACUAAAUCUGGGUCAGAGGAACCCUUGCAGUGCAGUUUACAUAGUGGUUGAGUGAGUAAGAAACCAUGAAGAUGACUUUCUCCCCUACACACACACACACAAAACACACACGUUUUUAAAUGCAACAUGGGAACUCAUCUGUCAGUUUCUGUUUAGGGUCCAGGCUGGCUUUUAUUACCUUUACAAUACAUGGAAAAGUUCACCUCAUUCAUUUCAUGAGCAUGGAGCUCUCGCUGGCUUGCUAAAAUGCUGAAACUAUGAAUUAACUUGUUAUUUCUGGAAGUGCCGCUGUUCAUUCAUCUCCCUUGCAUAUGCUUGCACACCUGGAACAAUCAUCUCAAAACCUGGGAUGUGAAUGUGGAAAUGUGAACAUUAAAAAUGACUUUUUUGGGGACGUUUAUACAUACUACUGUCGUCUUGCUUCUGUUUUAAUUGCUUCUGGUGCUUCAGAUUUUAGACAUAGCUUUAGACAUAGCAU